UGACGGAUGACAGAUGUAAACAAAAUCAUGAAUUGAUGUUUGCGCGCGAGUUAGAUUUCAAUUAUAAAAAGUAUUUUUCAAGAAGAAAAUGAGCGAAGAAAUAAAUGUUAGAUUCGUAAUACCAAAAGAAUGUGUCUCUGAAGAUGACUGCUGCGAAGACAUGAAACUUGCAUUUACUACAUGUGAACCACACAUUGGUGAAGGCUUAAAAGCAACAUGGGUACAUGAAAAGAGUUUCAAUGAAUUUCAAAAUCUAACUAAGAGAGAUGUUUUUAUUUUAUCUCAAUUUGAGGGAGAAAUAUAUCAGAAACUUAAAGCUACAAAAUGCUUGAUAGUGGGACCAAGGUGUUUCUCGUGCUCAUUAAUAGAAGGGGCACCAAUACCACAGGGCCCAGGGCCAAUUUACACAAUAGCUAUGAGAGGUCUCAUUGUAACCGCUAGUGGACUUACUAAAUCAAAAAAGGAAAAUAUACAACAGAAAGUACAUUGGAUGGGUGGCAUUUACAGGCCAGAAUUGACAGAAGAUACCACACAUCUUGUGGCUGAUAAUGUCAUUUCUGAUAAGUAUAUUCAAUCAGUGAAGAAAGGUAUACCAAUAAUGAAAGAGAGUUGGAUUGAAGCGGUUUGGUCAGCUUCCCUUAAAUACAACAUCAAUGGAUCUUCAGCAGAUUUCAACGAACAUCUCUUGCCAGCGUUCUACAACUUAAAUGUGACCACAUCUGGUCUCAGUAAGAAAGAGAAGCAUUUGAUCACGACAUUAAUCAAUGAUAACGGUGGGAUUUUCUCCGGAGUAUUCCAAAGUGAGACCACAGAUGUUGUGGUACUCAACAAAGAGGGGGUGGGCAGUGAGAAGUACAAGGCGGCGUUGGAGUACGGCAAGGCGUGCGUGCUGCCGCGCUGGGUGCGGGACAGCGCGGCGCGCGGCGCGGCCCUGCCCGCCGCUCAGUACAGGGUGCUGGCGGCCUCCACCUCCUCCCCGCUCGCUGAACACCGCUUACCCGAUAUGAGUCUUAAUUUCUCAAGGAUCACAAAUUCUAGACCACCUAGUAACUUUGUUGAUGAGACUAGAUCUGCUGAUGUCACCACAUUAUCUGGGAGAGGAAAGUUGUCACAAGAAAGCAAAAGAUUGAGUGAUGUCGACAAGGAAAUUAUUUCUGAAUUUGAGAAAUUCGAUAUGAGCUGUUUGAAAAAGGCUGGACCUGUUUUUGAUGGUUUUUGUAUAUGGGUGUGCGGUGUGGAGGGCGUGUGCCGCGAGCGCGCGGCGGCGUGCGUGUCGCGGUGCGGCGGCGUGCGGUACGACGGGCCGGGCGAGCGCGUCACGCACGCAGUCGCGGGCUCGCGUUCCGCCGCGGCGCACGCCUCGCGCGCGCUGCCCGCCGCGCCCGUGCUCUCCGCGCGUUGGUUGCUGCGCAGCGUGGAAGCUGGGAGAGCGUUACCGGAAAAUGAGUUUCUAAUGGAAACGGAUAUAUCAACUCCGGUGAAGUCCAGCUCUCACAAGCAGGCUACAGAUGUGGCGUCACCGAUGAGCAAACGCAACUUGCAGCUGCUUCGUUUGCCGCCGCCCACCCCGGAGCUUCGCAGCGCGCCACCCCCUACCCCACCCCCGGCCUCACCCCCACAAGAUAUCGUCAACCAUUACUUGAGUCAAAAUCAGCCAGAAACGAGAGAGAAGACACCAGAAAGAGGUGUUUCCAACGCGACCCUGCAGCCCGGACCAGACCUCACAGAGGAUCUGCCGGAGGAUCCUACUGAAGAAAUUGAACAGAUAUUUAGAGGCGUGGUGUUGGAGGUGCAGGGUCUGGAGGCGGAGGCGGUGUGCGAGGUGGGCGCGGAGGUGGCGGCGGCGGGCGGCGUGCUGUGCGCGGCGGGCGCGGGCGGCGGCUACGUGCUCGUACCACUCGACUUUGACACCCAAGACCUUGUUAAUACUACGGCUGAAGCGGUCACUGUAUUCUGGGUGAAAGACUGUUUAUACCAACAAGAGCUGGUGCCGCUGCAGUACUACCACCGGCCGGUGCCGGUGACGUGGCGCGGCGCGCCGCUGGCCGGCGUGGUGGCCAGCAUCAGCACCUACAGUGGGCUGGAGCGCGCCUUCCUCGAUGAACUGGCUAAACUGCUGGGCGCUACCACACAGCUGCGUUUCUGUCGACGGACGAUAGCGACCGCGCUGGCUUCCACGCACUUGAUCUGUCCCAGUCCAUCCGGGGACAAGUACGAGGGCGCGGUGAAGUGGCAGCUGCCCGCUGUCCGCGCGCACUGGCUGCUGGCCUGCGCCCGCGCUGCCAGGCGAGUCAGCGAACGACCUUAUCUAGUCGGAGAUACUAAAGCUCCGCCCACACCAGAGCAGUCGCCAAUCAAAGAGCAAAUGGACGCAGAAGUGACAGAGGACGGGACGGGUGCGGAUGCAGAGACAGGGGCGGGGACAGACAAGGAGAACGAGAUGUUACCGCCUGUCGGCUGGGACGUGCCGCGCAGGAACUCCUUAUACAACAGAGAAGAUACGCCUAAAGCUAAAUUGAAUGCAGAUGGAGAGGCGAUGUCACCAGCGUCGCGGUACAUAGCGAUGGCAAGGCAAGGUCUGCUGGGCGAUUCCCAGGAGACGCCCAAACGACUACAGGAACUGAUAGAAGAUGCUAAACCAGGUGAAGAUGCAGUACGAACUCCUCCGUUAGAGGAAGCACUGUCGUCUCCCAAGCUGGCGGCGCUGAGCCCCACCACGCGGCGGCGGCUGCGCGCCGUGCGCUGCGGGGAGAUGCCCUCCGACCCCAUACGGACACCCACAGACCCCUUUGAGAAGAAUAUCCCGACCCCGGAGAGUGCGUUCGGCGCGGCGCUGCGGCCCGGCGGCCGGCUCUCGCCGCGCUCCCGGAAGCGGCUGUGGCAGCUCGUCAAUCAACUACCUUCGAAACCACAUCCACCGCCUAAAGAACAUACUCCUCUAUCUGAGAUCCGGAACCGUUUCUUAGCGCAAUUCAACUCGCAGGCGGAGACGCCGCCCGCAGACCACUCCGCCGCGCCUAGGAAAUUAAAACUACAGGAUCAACCUGACACACCGCCGCCAAAGAUGCCAAAACUAUUCAGUGAUCAGACAGCGAGCAGUAUAAGCGCGGAGGAGAGUGUGAAAGGCGAGAGUAGCGCAGGCGCAGCUGCCAGCGCAGGCGCAGCUGCCGGCAGCAGGACGCCGCUGCCUGCCGCAGUGGACGCGCAGCUGCAGCGCCUUACUGCUGCACUCAACAGCCGCAGCUCGCAGAAACCGAAGCGCUCUAGAGACUCCGUUACUGUUACACCACCUGUUAGCGCGGUGGAGCCGGAGCCGGAGCCGCUGUCGCAGCCCAACACAGUGGGCUGGGAUGACGGCGCCACGCCCCCGCCUGCGCACACUCAGCACACGCAGCACACGCAGCACACGCAGCACACGCAGCACACGCAGCACACGCCCAUCAAGAGGUUCAUGCUCUCCUCUAAUGUUGAUAACCGGGAGGAGCUGACAGCGAUGAUAGUGUGGCUGGGCGGCGAGGUGAGCCAGUGCAGCGAGGUGGACGUGCGCGCCACGCAUCUCGUGUGCGCCGCGCCCGGCCGCAGCGAGAAGAUGCUGGGCUGCGUCGCCGCCGGCCGCUGGGUGCUGCACCCCGCCUACGUCGCGCGCAGCCGCGCCGCCGCCGCCUUCCUGCCGGAGGAGGAGUUUGAGUGGGGCAACCCACGAGCGACGUGCCUCCCCGCAGUAUCGGAGGCGGAGCGCUCUCUGGCGGCGGCGGCGUACCGCUGGCGGUCGCGACGCGCCGCUGGCUUGCCGGGGCCGUUCGCUGGCAUGGUGGCAUUGCUACACAUGCCUGACGCCCGCCGUCGCCUGCUCGCCAGGCUGGUACUGGCUGGGGAUGGACAGGCGCCUGAUGACAAGCCGCCGUAUUCCAACGAGGAAGUGACGGUGUGCUUCGCGGACGUGAAGCGGUGUCCGCUGAGCGCGCGCGACGCCGCGUGGCUGCGCGCGCGCCGCCUGCCCGUCUGCCCGCCCGUGCUGCUCAGCGCGUACCUCACUGACGACACGCCGCCCGACCCGCGCCAACACUGCAUACCGGAAUUUGCACCUAAAUGAUACUGUGAUAGAGUAUAAUUUGCUUUGUAAGUUCGAUCUACCGAUCCAUCAAAGUGUUUAUCCGAACAUGAACCUUAAUAACAUGGGAAUAGAGUAUAAAGUUGGAUCCGUCGAACCUGUAAAGCAUACUAUUCGAAUAUGUACCUUAAAUAUGUUAGAAUAGAGUUUAUGCUAUGUAGGUUGAGUCCUUCAAAAUGUAUAUCCAAAUAUGAACCCUAAUACCAUUGCAAUAAGGUACUGUAUGCUAUGUAAGUUCGAUCCGUAAAAUCUACUUGAUCACUGUUUAUUCGAAUAUGAAUCUAAAGAAUAUUGUAAAUAAGGUGCUAAAUACUAUGCUAUAAAGGUUCGAUUCGGCGAAACUACUAGAACAUUUUAUAUUCAAAUAUACACUUUAAUGCUAUUGAAAUAAAAUAUACUUUGCUAUGUAAAGAUCUUCGAUUAACCGAACAUAGUACACUGUUCUAAUAUAGACUUAAAGGUGUAAAGAAUAAGGUAUGCUUUGAACACAGGAGUAAAUAAUCGAAAUUUAAACCAUAGAUUGAAAGAAUUUGAGCAUGUACUGCUCUUUGAGACGCAAAAUAUUAAAAAAAACGUCAGCGACUGUAAAUAAUUUAUUUUUACUAUGUUUUAUUAUAGACGUAAAUUAGAACAUUUUUAUUAUAUUUCUUCAAACUAUUAUUUAAAUGACAUUUUUAGUACAGAAAUUCCGUAUUUCAGAGAACAUAAGAAAUUCAGUUCGACUCAAUUUUCGUUAAGUCAUACGUCAAUGUCACUGACAGUUACAUGGACAAAGAGUAUAAAAUAAUUUAAUGUUGUUCUUUGAAGAUCUUUCCCGAUAUUACUGGUCAGUUUUUAAAGAUUAAAUUGUACAAAUGUUAAAUAACUUUUUAAAUGCAUUUUAAAUAUCGUUUUUAUUGUACUAAUUAUUUCGUGCAAAGCUCUAGCUUAUGUAUAUCAACAUUUUAAUGGCGGCUUAUGCCUAAAACUAUUUUAAACCUUUCUAGAUAAUUACUUUGAUGUUUGUAAGUGUUAUUAGCGUAAAUAUUUUUGACAAGAUUCAUCAGUUUAGAUUUUGUAUAUGUUAAUAAAUGUUUAAAGUUUUA